ACGCGGAUUCUCUCUGUCUCACCCGCCCUUAUUUCUUCCUUUUUCUCCAGCGAACUCAAAUCUCUCAUCACUCUUUCUCUUUCUCUCUCUCUCUCUCUCUCUCUCUCUCUCAUCAAAUUUCAAGUUUCAAAUUUUUAAAUCUCUGAUCGAUAUCAAUGGAGUUUCAGCGCUCGUCGUUCUCGUUCCGAUCUUCUGACUACUGGGUCCAUGUGACGCUGCAGGGUUUCCCAUCUCCAGCGGACUUUAAGUCCCAAUUUGUCGGCGAGCUUUCUCUCCGUCAACACCAGAUUUUUCAGAAACGGUUCCACGCCUUUAUUCUCGAUGAAUUUCCACUGGGUCCUGAUCGCUACGCUACGCUCCGUUUCGCUCCCCGCCAACUCCUACUCCCCGAGUUGCGCGCUAACUUACGAUCUCUCUCCUCUUCCCUUAACCUCGAUCCUGCCAUCUACGAAGCACUAGCCCCCCAGAUCAAAUCCAUGGCCCGGAAAUUGGCAAACCCUAAUGGCUCCAUGGGCUUUGUUAUGGUGGCUACGGUUAAAAUCCUGACCAUUGAAUAUGUCGACCCACCGUUUGAUGAUUUGUCCGACUCAAUGGCUUUGCUUGCGAAUGGUAGUAGCGAUGGUGGUUCAACUUCGUCGUCAAUUUCUUUGGACUUUGUGGUUGAGAAAUUGGGGGCAGAGAAAUUUUUCGAAAGGGGAGACGACGACUUGGGUUCUUGCAGUGUAUGUUUGGAGGAAUUGUCUAGUGGGACUGCGAGUGAGCUCAUUCGGAUGCCGUGCUCUCAUGUCUAUCACCCACCUUGCAUCCUUCGCUGGUUCAACAUGGGUAAGAAGACAUGUCCCAACUGCCGAUAUCAACUCCAUGUGGAGUGAGUGACCCGAUGUUGCUGCUGCUUUGUCAAACAAAAGUUUGCGAUUCAUCAUUUCCUUAGUAUUCGUUGAUUCUUUAUUAGUUAGGAUAAGUGUCGAUAUGUGUAAGUUACUUUGUAAAUCCAUUUUACAAAACGUGGUUGAAAUUGCAAUACUCACAAUUUACAUGCAUUGUUUGGUUUA